GACUAUGGAGUCGAUAAAAAUUAAACACUACAAAAAAAUUCGUUCACCUUGAUGAGAUAAGGAAAAUUAUUGAGGGAUAUGCGACCAUCUUAGUGGUUCGAAAUUGCCUCGACGUCAUCAAAAAGGUUAUCAACUGUGGAGAACCUUCAGAUCACUCGAGAGAGGAGAGAAGCGGUAGCACAAAGAGGAAUAGGGAAAUAAGGCUAUUUGAAAAUUGAAAAAAAACCACUUCUAUCCUCAUAUUUCUUCUCAUUUAAUACGAUCACAAUUUUUUUUGUUUCACUAGCAUAUUGGUCACUAGAUUUUUUUUUAUAGAUACCGGUGAAGGGUUGGAGGGCGAACAAGAGUUAAUUUUUUUUUAACAUGGUCUGUCUGGUCCAGACCAUACCGGACCGCACCGCACAGGUGUGGUCUGGUCUGGACCGUAUAGUAUAUGGUCUGGUCCAUGGUCUGUGUUCCAACCUCUCGGUCUGGACCACAGACCGUAUCUAUGGUCUGGUCUGGACCGGACCACACCGUUUCCGGAAAAAAUCCCAAGUUACACAUGUUUUUAAAAAAAAUUCUCAAAAUACACAUGUUAUGAAAAUAAUUCCCAAUCUACACAUGUUUGGGCCUUCACCGCGUUAGAGAAGGGCGGUGAUUGCUUCACCGCGUGAGAGCAAAACGGUGAUUGCUUCACCGCGUGAGAGCAAAACGGUGACUGCUUCACCGUGGGAGAGCAAAACGGUGAUUGCUUCACCGCGUGAGAGCAAAACGGUGAAGCACUGAACUGCGUCCAAACUUUAAAACAACGUAACUUUGUGCUCGGUUAUCCGAUCGUAGCGAAUUUUUUUUGAUUCCGCAUAAUUUUUCGAGAUCUUGCAAACCGCAAACGGCCGAAGGCGGUUUGGUCCCGCCUUCGUCUCGAAAAACCCUCGUUUGCUACCCCGAAUGAGCCUUUUUUCGGAAUGUACUUGGAUUCCUGAAAAGGGAAGGUAAAGUUAUUCCCAAAACCCCUUAUAUCCAUAAAUAAUUCAUUUUUUGAAAAUUUUCUCCUACUAAAAAUUUUAGUCCUUAAAAAGUUAUGCGGAAUCAAAAAAAAAUUCAUGAUUUUUGGAUUGUGGAGCACAAAGUUAUGGUCGUUCAAAGUUUGACGAAAUCGAAAAAAGGCUCGUUCGGGGUAGCAAACGACAUUUUUUCGAGACGAAGGCGGGACCCGGCGGUUUGCGGCUUGCAAGAUCUCGAAAAAUUAUGCGGAAUCAAAAAAAAUUCGCUACGAUCGGAUAACCGAGCACAAAGUUACGUUGUUUUAAAGUUUGGACGCGUUCAGUGCUUCACCGUUUUGCUCUCACGCGGUGAAGCAAUCACCGUUUUGCUCUCCCACGGUGAAGCAGUCACCGUUUUGCUCUCACGCGGUGAAGCAAUCACCGCCCUUCUCUGACGCGGUGAAGGCCCAAACAUGUGUAGAUUGUGAAUUAUUUUCAUAACAUGUGUAUUUUGAGAAUUUUUUUUAAAAACAUGUGUAACUUGGGAUUUUUUCCACCGUUUCCCACCCCUAGUUGGUAUAGGGUAAACCCGCAUCCGACCCUACCCAUUGCCAUCCUAGUUGGUAGUCAUUCUGGUCUUUUGCAUUUAUGGUCCUUAAGGUUUGUUUUGUGUGAGUCAGGUUCAAGUCGAGUCUCUUAGAGGAUUUUAACUUGACGACCAAGUCUAUUAGGUUGUUAGCUAAGUUAGUGGUGUUCUGUCAGCUGAAAACAAGGGUCAAGGGGCUAGUAGGAUUAGUGGAAGUCAAAUUUGCAGGCUGAAGCCUUUUGUACUUAAUUUGGUUGCUUUCAUUCAAUGAGAAUUUGUCAGUUUGCCCCUAUUCGAGUUCACAUAUGCAUGUAAUAGGCUUAAAUCUUUUGAUUUUUUCAAAAACUGAAGCGGUUGCAAUAAAAUUACUGCAAAAGAGGCUGUUGAUUUCGUUGAAGUGCCAAGAGACUUCUGGUUUUUUUAUAUUUAUUCUAGAGCAACAUCAAGAGCCUACUGUAGAGUAAAAUGUUGGGUUGUAACCCCUUCGUGCCUCUACUUAUCAGUUUAUCGGUUGAUGGUAUAACUGAUUUCUAGAACCAGUUAUGCCGUAAACCGGCGGUGUCCAAAAAACUAUACUUGGUUUUAUCAAAUUCUUCCUAGUUAGUAACCGACGAUUAACUGGUAAACCAAACAACUGGAAUCCACCAUCAUUAAUGCUUCACAACAUCUCCCUUCUCCUUGUCUGGCGAUUCACGAAUCCUUCCCUUCUAUCCUUCUCUUCCCCAUAAUCACCCUGUCCUUCUCUUCGCUUUGUCUUCUCGGUGGCGAGAUUGAUUGAGAGGUGGGUGUGGGGCUGUCUGAUGGAUCGUGGAGGCCAUAUUCCAAACUUGAGACGUGGUCCAAAUUGACUUUUAACUAUAAUAAAACUAAAAUGAUUAUAAUACCAUUAUUCAAAAUGUAAUAUCUUUCUAUAUUGUUUAUAUUAAAAUUAUCUAUUAUCUCUUUGAUUUUCGUAUUCUCCAUAAGAUUUUUUUUCAAUUAUUACUAUAACUAAAAUUAUGUAUUAAACUCGUUAUCAUACUCAUAAUCAAUCAAUCAUACACUAAAAUACAACCUCUUGGCCGGCCUGGCGCCAUGCAGUUGUCUCCCUCACGUGGCGGCUCUCUCUUCCUCUCGGUGGCGAGAUUGAUUCUCCUCUCAAACUCCGGAGAUCAUUAGAAGUGGAACUUUGGCUGGGAAUCGAAACGAGCGUCGAGAUCGAAGACAGAGCGGAGGGACGAGCCGGUGGAGAUGGCGUGCCAGGACUUGCAGACGGGCAUCGCUCCUCACCAUUGGUCUUCGACGGAGAUCCUCGAGAGGACGGUUACCAAGCUCCGCGCCAUAGAAAGUAACCGAGUUGCUAACCGGUAACCAGGUUAACCGACUAUACCCUAGUACCGGUAGUCGGAAGCAAAUUACAGUUGAACUAACCGAUUACCAGCCCUGUUUUGUGAUUAUGUUUAAUUGGGUUUAAUUGGUAGGCUUGAAACUGCUGCUCUUUUGGAAAACUGAAGCUAGUACAAGAGAAUUACCGGAGAAGAGGAUGCUGGAUUUUAGAAUGCCAACAGCGUUCUAGUUUUUCGAUUCUGCAACAGCCAUAUCAGUACAAGUUGCAAUAGAAAAAGGUGACUGAAUUCAAUUCAUCGUUCAUGGUUGAAUGAGAGGAACUGCAUCAUAUCAAUUCAAUUCAAUAGGCAAAGAGGAACAAGCACAAAAACAUGUGCCUAGAGUCCGGAGAUGAGGUUACAACAGGCGGAAGCAACAUAUUUUAAAAAAAAAAAUAUAUUUCUGUAGAAACAUAUUUUAUAACUUGGAAUGUGGAAAAUCAGAAGAAGCUGUUGUCUAUGAUUAAACAAAUAAAUCAGAGAAAAAUGGAACUUGAUACUAUUAUUCAUACACACUGUUGAAAAGAUACUAACAUAGAAGGCUUCAUGGGAUUGGCUCGAAUCAUCUGUAUUCCAUUCGAGUGUUCCAGUCAGCUUGAACUUCCAAGAUGGGAUAUGCAGACGAUUUUCUGUCGAACAAAUACUUUGAUUUACAGAGUCAGAUAGAGACUAAAUCUAAAAAUUAUGUACUGUGCCUCACCCUCACUCUUCUCAACUAUCUCUAAUGUUUAUGUGGUCAAUUUAAGUUGGGUUCUUUUGAAUAUAAAGUAUAUAUUACA